GCUGUAUCACCGCCUGACCACAAAUGGGCCUCACGGCGGUGGCAACACAACUAGGGUGCUAUGACCAACAGAAUUUCAACCAUGACUUGAACUUCGACAAAUGGGCGGUAUAUCCUUACCGGUGAGGGUUUAGCAGCUGGACGAGCUUCCCAUUGGAUGCCAGUUCCAAUAGACCAGCAAACUAAUGCAAGGCUGAGACACAUUCUUUGCCCGGGCACAGCGAACACGCUACAAGGAUUAGUGCUGGUGCUUCGACAUGUCAGAACCUACAGCUAACAGGAAAAUAAAGGGGCAAUAAGGGGAGUUCCACCAAAAAUUUGCUAGCGGAGAGUAUCAAAGGGCUCCGGACUGUCCAACAGCACGAGGCGAUUGCUUCUUCCCAUAUCAGCUCGCUGUCUAUUUGCAAUAAUAAUACUCCAUCACAAGCCAUAGUUCUACGAUCAGAAAGCACAAUACCUGGGUACCAAAUGUCUCAACUUCCACCAUCACCAUGGUUCUACAGUGGAGGAGCUGCUUCAACUUCAGGCAAUCCAAGCGGCUCCGUACCACUGGUCGAUGGCUAUAUUUUGAUGAAUGACGAUAUCCGAGACUCAAGAAACACCACGCCCCACACAUUUCCAUGGAAAAUGCCGUUACAGCAACCUCAGAAUACCGUACCUAUUUCCCAAGAGUCGCUAGAUCCCCACGUCGCCUUUCUGGGUACUCUGGAGAAUUCGUCAAGAUAUGGGCAACCUUCUGCAACCGAACAAUAUCAGAAUUUGAAUACCAGUCGGCAGAGGAAAACGCAAGGCGUUCUAUGGGAGAACUAUAAGGAGACAAUGAAACAGUUCUACAUGGAUCAAGGCCAUACCCUGCCGGAACUGAUAGAACACAUGGAAGCGGUGGGAUUCAAAGCAACAGCGAGACAGUAUAAAGAGCAGUUCAAGAAGUGGAAAUGGGUUAAGAACCUCACAAAAGAUAAGACGGUUUUCAUGCGGGCCAAGGCAACUGAAAGAAAGAGGCAGAACCCACCAAAAGAUACCGUAUUUCACUGGCAAGGCAAAAGUUGGACGACAGACCAAGUUUUGAGAGAUAGAAACGUAAGCAAUGAUAUUACGUUAGGACAACCAACUCCUCACGAUGUUUCCUACGAGACACCCUGCCAGCCAAAUAUUGCUGGCAAUUCGGCCCAGACGACAAGGUACACUAACUCAUCCACCGAGAGAGCCUCCAGAGAUGUGCCUGCGAUCCGACUGAGAUGGAACGGAUACAAAGCUACCGAUAUAGAAGAUCUGCUCCACCAGGCUUUGAACUUGGAGCAAGAGAAGGAUUGGGUUGGAGCAGAAGAGAAAUUUAUGCAUGCCCUUGAUGCUUGUUAUCAUCUCUAUCCUCCAGCAGAUGACUUGACGGUAAAUACUUCAUAUAAGAUAGCUAUAUUUUAUGGGAAACAGAAUAACAUGGCAAGAGCCGAUCAUAUUCUUGACCAGCUUACCAGCCAAUUCAUCUCUCGAUGGGGCCAAGGACAUGAGGCUACUGUCAAGCAUUAUUUAGUGGUCGCACAUCUUCUAGAAGCAUGGGACCGACACGACGAUUUUAUCAACGUCAUCAAACAACUAACAGAUGGUUCUAAUGCGCCAUUGGUGAACCGUGGAAGCAAUGGAGAGGAACACCAGACCUUUAUCGACGUCGAUAUUCCGACAGUUUUGAAUUCUACCAGGUUGCCGAAUAUGGCGGAAGACGGGGUUGUCCUCUCGCCCCUGCAACUUCUGCUGGCAUUAGAAAAGGGCCAUUCUCGGAUUCUCGAUGUCGACUCAAGAAGAACCUCAUUGGAGGAGAGGUUCAAAAGACUACUAGAAACAUUAAUGAAGAACCCAGAGCGGUACAUGGUAGAUAUAAUACGCAUUCAAACAGCCUUGGUCAAGAUACAUGGCACAUUAGACCCUGCUCAGAAGGACAUUGCCUUUAGAGAUGCCUGGGAAUCAGCCUUUUUCCUCUGCAAGCUACCUGGCAAAAAAGGACUUGUCUUCUGCAACGCUGCUGUCGAUUUUGUUGCGGAGUAUCUUGAAAUGUGGUAUCAGCAUCAGGCUAUGGUAAUACUAGAAGCGAUUGAGCAAGUUGCUGCGGACGAGACAGAACCCGAAGACCCAGGCCUCAUCUCACUGAUGAUCCGCAUUGGUAAGAUUCUUCAGGCCAAAGCUACAUGGAAAGAGGCUGCUCCACGUUUCGAGCAGGCAUAUGCUGCUAGCAUAACUGCUUUUGGGCAUGAUAGUACUGUGACGAAGAGGCUAGAGUCGAGUCUGGAGGAGCGUCACUAUUCGAGCGAGAUUGAACCGGGCCGAAUUGUGAGGGCAGUUUAUUUAUGAUAUAAUUUUACCCCUGAAUGCUUAGAAUUAGAACUACGCACUAAAUUAUCA